GAAUAGAGAUUCACCAUGAGAAGAGGGACCUGUGUCAUCCUUGCCACUCUCGGGCUAUACAGUGCUAUUGCUAUUUUCAACAUAUCAUCAGCAUGGUCAGUUAAUAACUUUCUGAUGACAGGGGCCAAGGCGUAUUUGACAUAUUCUACAAGCGUGUCUGCUGGUGCCCAGACUGGAAUUGAGGAAUGUAAGCAUCAGUUUAUCUGGGAACGCUGGAAUUGUCCCGAGAGUGCACUUCAGCUUUCCACUCACAACAAACUUAGAAGUGCUACAAGGGAGACUUCAUUUAUUCAUGCCAUCAGCUCAGCUGGAGUAAUGUACAUCCUAACCAGGAACUGUAGCAUGGGGGACUUUGAGAAUUGUGGCUGUGACAGUUCAAGAAGUGGACAUGUAGGUGGAAGAGGAUGGGUUUGGGGAGGAUGUAGUGACAACGUGGAAUUUGGUGAAAGAAUUUCCAAACUCUUUGUGGAUGCUGUGGAGACAGCACAAGAUGCCAGAGCUUUAAUGAAUUUGCAUAAUAAUGAGGCAGGGAGACUGGCUGUAAAGGCAACCAUGAAGCGGGCCUGCAAGUGCCAUGGAGUAUCAGGGAGCUGUAGCGUCCGGAGUUGCUGGCUCCAGCUUGCAGACUUUCGAGAUGUUGGAAAUUACCUGAAGAACAAAUAUAACCUUGCUCAGAAGCUGGAGGUAGACAAGAGAAAAAUGAGAGCUGGCAACAGUGCGGAGAGUCAUGGAGUGACAACUGAGCCCUUCAACAUUAUACAAGCUGCUGAUCUUGUGUUUUUGGAGGACUCUCCAGAUUAUUGCAUCACCAACACUAGCUUGGGCCACUAUGGUACUGAGGGACGAGAAUGUCUUCAAAGUGGCAAAAAUCUCUCCCAGUGGGAGCAGCAGACUUGUAAGAGGCUGUGUGUGGAAUGCGGUCUCAAAAUAGAGGAGGAACGGACUGAAAUUGUCACUAGCUGCAAUUGCAAGUUUCAUUGGUGUUGCACAGUGAAAUGUCAACAGUGUAAACAAGUGAUAGCUAAACAUUAUUGUUCCACACACGUGGGCGCUCCUUCCAAUAACUCUCGGUGGCGGAACAGAGGACAUGGGAGAUAA